ACAGAGGAGGAGAUAAGAGCAGCUGUCGCCGUGAAGAAAACAUCAUUCUUCUGAGAAUCUCUGAGCUUUUAUGGAAACACAGCAUUCAGCCAUGAAGUUUCAAAUCCUGUUUUUUCUCCUGGUGCUGACUUGCAUGUAUCCCAGUGUGGCACCAAGUCCCUCUAAUUAUGAAAACUGCUGUUUGAAGUAUGCAAAGAUAAAGAAGGACAUCUGGAAAAAUGUCGUGAGUUACAGAAAGCAGGAAGCAGAUGGAGGAUGUAACAUUCCUGCUGUUGUAUUCAUCAUGAAAAGGAUGAAAAGGAUCAUCUGUGUUGAUCCAUAUCUACCCUGGGUAGAACAAAUGAUACAGAAAAUAGAUAAGAAGAAAGCAGGCACUGCGUAGUGUGAGUUUCAGAGGCAGCUUUAUCACCCCACUGCAGACCAAAUAAAAAUGUUUAUAUUACUAACACUAAUGUAACCAUGUGUAGUUUAUACCAAUAUCAAUCCUGCUGAUUUAUAUUUUCUACACCAUGAAUUAAUAUCUUCAUGCAGAGGUUCAUAAUGAACUGGAUUGUAUUGUCUGCUUCUGUUCUUUGUAUUAGAACAAUUUGAAUGUACGAACUGUGAAUGAUUGCUCUCUCUGUCUACUUGCUUCAUAGUUAUCUUUUUAUACUGUAUAUA